GGGGGAGAGAGAUUGAGGAAGAAAAUUAAGAGGAGAGAGGGUCUACGGAACGCCAACUCAACAACCGAGGCAGAAUUGAAUCGAGCAUUGAUGCUAUCACUUACCUUUUUUCUAGCUCCGAUUCGCAUACUGCUCUGCAAAUUAUCAAAUUUCAACGAAUUUGUAAUCUCCAAACACCAACAAAACAGAAGGCAGAUAGUCAGGGAAAGAAGGAAGGAAGCGAUGAUAACGCGAUCGAAUUUAGCAGAGCAGUUGAGAGAGUAUCAGAUUCGAUCAAAGCACGAUUGGGCCUCCGUUUCGAUUUUCACUUCGACGUCUAAUUUUACGUCUUCUAGGGUUGAUGUUGUGCUCUUUGUUUUAUGGGAACUUGUUAUUUUAGCUUUCCUGGUUUUUUCAGCUGUCUCUUUAUAUUUUAGGCAUUUGCAACUUGCCUUUAUCCUAGUAUGCAUAACAAUGCUAUUGCUUCUCUGCAUGAAAAUCACAAAACAAAUUAGAUUGGCUAGGAAAAAGAAAAGAAGGAUGCUUCUUCCGUUAUCUAUGUAGAACUACAUGAAGCUUGGUCUUUUUUGAUAAAAACGGACCAACUUGUGGUAUAAAUUUUGAGAUCUACUGAUCAUUGCAUUUUGUUCAUGCUUACUGUGGUAAAGAGAAUGUGAAUUGGCCCAAGCCUAGCUGAUGCUGGAAUACGGUUUCGAUAUGAUCACCUCAAAAGUUUGGGAACCAUUGGGGAGUCUAAUGAGUUGAGGUGGAAAGUUGGAUGCUCUAAUUGAACUGGUAGUAGUUAAUUCGAAGGUACAGGGCGGUUCUCACUACCUUUUUUCCCCCAUCCUAUUCGUAGCUGUGAGAAACUAAAUUUAGAAUGCUUAUCCAGGUGCUAGUGUAGUAAACAAUAUUUGCUUUAUUUUGUAACGUGUUCAGACAUGUUUGUAGUCUUAAAGACGUCAGAGGAUAGGAGUAGAUGCUGUGAGUGAUUGAAACAUUUGUGCAUGUAUGAUAUACCCGUAAAGUUGAUUUGCAGCAGAUCAAUAGUAUACGUAGGCUGAAGAGUU